AUGAAGCAAGGUUUCAAAAGGGAGCCUAGGCUCCCCAUUCCCACUGCCCUCUUAUCUCAGCCUGACUGGCUCAGGGUCCUGGAGAGCCUAGAAGGGAUUUCCCAGCAACCAUCAUUCAAGGUGGUGCUGGCGGCCAGCCUGCUUCUGGGUGCUGGAGGCCUCUACCUCUGGCUCCAUUGGAAGAAGAAGUCCGCCAAGAGAAGGAAGGAUGCUGAGAAAGAAUUAAUAUGGGACAAACUGAGCACUUCGGCUACCUCAGAGAGUAAGAAUGCUCCCUGGAUCAAAUCCCACUUCAGCCGCCUUUCUGAAGAAAAGAUACCCAGCCUGCAUCAAAAUGGCAGUGGGGAGGCCAGUGCUACUAAUACUACCUUCCAUGUAGACACCUUAACCUCCACCUCGAAGCUUAAAGAAGGGAAAAAUAUUGAUGUCCAAAAGGAAUCCUUUAUCAGCCGGCAGAGGACAUCAGGAAGCAAAGUGUGCAAGGAGACCUACAAAGAGAAUUCCAAAUCAACUUCAGGGGAAGAAGCAACUUGGGCAUCGAUGGCAGCAAAGGUGCGGGAAAUUGAUGUCUCAGGUCGGUACUUAGCAGAUUCCAUGCUUCAGAGGGCCCCAGUCAACCCAAACUCUGGUCAUUUGGAAACCAAGGACAUUAAUAAAGAGGAAUUCAAGAUCCUGGAGGAAGUAGAGAUGAAAGUCAAGGAGAAUUUCCUGCCCCACCGGGAAAACAACAUAACACGCUCCAACAGUUGCUACCAUGGCCAUGGCAAUCACAGCCAAUCAUCUCAUGGCCACCAUGGUUUCUCUUUUUGAAAUUAGCUAACAAGACUGGCAUCAUCUUAUUCUCCUGACUAGGUCAAUGCAGUUGCACCACUCAUAGACUGUCCCACCACCACCUCCCCCAUCCUGACUCUGGUCCAAGGAGAAGUAAGUUUAAUGCCAGUCAGAAGGAUUUCUACCAAUGUGCCUCAGACCCCAUUAACCUCAGGGAAACAUCUGGACAUUUUACAAUGUCUACAGGAUGCCAGAAGUGAAAAAAUCUAGCACAGGAAACCAUAGUGACCCAACAAAGAAGAAUGGGGAAAGCUGUGCCUUCAGAACAGACUGCCUCUCCUAGAGGGCCACAGAAGAAAUCCACAGAAAGUUAGUCAGUCAGUCUGUUGGCUCCUCUGGGAAGGUACCAGGAGCGUCCUGUAGCAUAACAGAGGGACAUGCUCAAUGCCCCAGGACCUGCACCCCCCCCCCCCAGAAGCAUGGGAUUUACCUGAAGAAAAAUGCCUGUGAAUGAGCCAAUAAAACCUUGCAAUACUGUG